AUGGACCGCCAGUUAACAUCCGCCAACGAACAAACGACUGAGCUCCUCAAGACAACGGACCAUGUCCUGAUCCAACUCAACGAAGCGAAACGUCUGCGAGAAGUGAAUGAUCCUGGUCUCAAUCCCAGCGAGCGAGAGUGGAUUGAUUGUAUUAUUAAAGAUACUGCGGAUGCUGCCCAUGAAAUUGCGGUAAUUUUGGAGCCCGCACGUAUUGAAAGAGAAACGGGUAAUGGCAAGCUCGGGUUGGGAAGACAACUACGGUGGUUGUACCGGGACAAGCAAAGGGCCCAAGAUAAGAAGAAUCGACUUUUGAUUUGCUAUCAGAGUCUGAUGAUGGCUCUUAAUCAUCUUCAACGGGUAUCCCUGCCCAAGACGAUGACCAGACCUGGAUUUGUUCAUGAACUUGGGGCUGAAGUGCCGUCGACAUUCGUGGAUGAACUAUCCAAUAGUCAACGAUCUGGGUCGGGCAUUAGUGGAGUUACAGAUACAACUAAGAGUUCCAUGAGCCCAGCAAGUCCAAAUGAGGAGUUACAGGACAUGUUGACAUGGCGUCGGUCAAAGGGAGCUCAGGUGCAACCGUGA